GAAAGCCCUCGGUUAAUUGCCAUUUCUAGAGAGAGAGAGAGAGAGAGAGAAAGAGAGGGAGUGAAUACUGACAGUGAGGGGAAGCAAGGACUUGUCGAAAACGACGCCAUUGACGGAGUUUCCUGGAAACCCUGUCGAACUGAACCCUGAUUUCUCUUGGAUGAGGUCAUACUUGGGUGAUUCGGAGUUUUCCAAUCUGACCCUUACUUGCCCUUAAAAUGAAUAUAAGCAGCAGUCGGGUAUCUAGGGGUCAAAAGUCAAAAAAAAUUCAGGGUGAGGGGAGAAAUUGGAUUCUCAUUGCCGGUGGUGCUUUGCUGAGUACCUUAUCGGUCCGACUUGGUUACAGGCUGAAGCAGGCAAUUGAUGCGAAGCAACAAGAUAAUGCUACUGCCAGCUUGAAAGAGUUCAUUACAGGGAAUGGAGCUUCUGACAGAAAGAUAUCAUCGGGUUGCUGCUUACAUUCAAACAUGUACUCGUUCACUGAAGAAGAUGGUGGUUGUUUCAACUGCAUGUCAGGAGCUGAAAACAUGGGUGAGAAGCACCUACCCAAUGGUCAGAUGCGGCCCGAACCUGAAGUUGCUCUUCCGCUGGUGACAGUUCCCACGUCGGAUUUCAACAAGGAUAAUGGUGUUAUGUGGGCAUCAUCCCUGGAUCGUCUUGAGUUACCUCCGAAGCCAUUCCAUCAGUCUAACUGCUCUGACUCACCAUGUGUCUCAGAAUCAGGCUCCGACAUAUUUAGCAAGAGGGAAGUGAUACAAAAGCUAAGGCAACAAAUGAAAAGAAGAGAUAAUAUGAUUUUGGAGAUGCAGGAUCAAAUUAUGGAGCUUCAGAAUUCACUGAAUGCUCAGGUGGCACACUCAACUGACUUACAAUCACAGCUGGAUGCGGCAAAUAGAAACUUGUUCGACUCCGAGAGAAAAAUCCAAAGGCUGAGGAAGGCAAUUGCAGAUCACUGUGUAGGAAAUGUUGGCACGAAUAAGAAAACAUCAACUGAUACACCAUGGCCUUCUGACAUAAGAAAUGGCCAUGCCAAUGGGUGUCUUGAUGUGGAAAGCAACUCAGGCUCCCCCGAGAUGGGAAGGGGAGAUGGGGAGAGAAUCGAGAUGCUGAAGAGAGAAGUAGGAGAGUUAAAAGAGGUAAUAGAAGGAAAAGAGUUUUUGUUGCAGAGCUACAAGGAGCAGAAACUGGAGCUCUCCAUGAAGAUCAAGGAGUUGCAGCAGAGAUUGGAUUCCCAGCUCCCCAACAUUUUUUAGGUACCGAUGAAGGUUUUGUCCCCCGUUUUUUUUCUUCGAUUCGAGGUUAAAGAAAUGCCUCAUUUUUCUUUCUCCUUGCUUUGGUUGGCUUUAAGUUUAAUUUUGGAUGAUAAUGUUCUUUGCUUGUCCAUCUGUGUGCAUGAGAAUGAGAUGUGUAGGAGAAAAAGAAAAGGGAAAAGUAGGCACCACCAUAUUGGUUUGUUAUUUACUUUUCUCUUGCUUAGCGAGUGCCUUAUUUCGUAUAGAAAUCAGAAACUGAGUUUUCUCAGUCUUGGUGGUCUUCUUCUUUUGCACUGUUUUUCUUUUGGUACCAAGUUGAUUGCAUCUCGGGAUAGAAAAAAAUUGCAAAUGUUGCAAG